AUGGACAAGCGUGAUGGUUCCAUGCCAGUUAUCUCAUCAGAAACAUCCCCUCUCCUUAAUAGGAGAGGUCAAAAUGCUGCGGAAGAUGCGCCAGGGGCAAGUUUGCCUCAGACGACAGCUCCCUCUACAGAACUGAAGCUGAUUCUCAAGAGAUCAUGUCCAUUAAUAUGCACAUUUAUGAUGGAACACUCGUUUACUGCGGUCACUAUUUUCUCGGUCGGAGACAUUGGAACGGUGGAAUUAUCCGCGACCUCAAUCGGGAGUCUAACAGCCAACAUGACUGGGUACGCAGUCUUUCAAGGCCUUGCAUCUUGCCUAGACACGCUUUGCCCCUCGGCGUACGGAUCCGGAAAUGAGAAGCUGGUCGGCCUACAUUUUCAACGUAUGACCUGCUUUCUUCUGCUGAUUUGUAUUCCAAUCGCCUUUCUAUGGAUCAACUCAGCAGCGAUUCUAGGCCAUUUUGUACGGCAAGAAGAGGUUGUCAAAAUGGCAGCAUUGUACCUCCGGGUUCUUAUCCUGGGUGCACCAGGAUAUGCAAUCUUUGAGUGUGGAAAAAGAUUCAUGAUGGCUCAGGGUCCCAACAUGUGGAUCUUGAUUUUCUGCGCCCCUCUCAAUUGUUUCCUUAAUUGGCUCUUUGUUUGGAAACUUGGAUGGGGUUUCAUUGGAGCGCCGAUAUCAGUGGUCAUCGUUGAAACACUCUUGCCGGUGCUUCUUUUCAUAUAUGCUUACUGGAUCGCUGGAUAUGAGUGUUGGAAUGAAUUUACAAUAGCAGCAUUCCAAAAUUGGUGGCCUAUGGUCAAGCUUGCCGUUCCAAGUGCUGUCAUGGUUUUUGCAGAGUACAUGGCAUUUGAGAUUAUCACGGUAUCGUCCAGCUUCAUUUCCCUCGAACAUCUAGCAGCCCAAACAAUCCUUUCAACAAUAACGGCAACGGCCUUCAUGAUACAUUUUCCAAUUUCUAUUGCUGCAUCCACGCGGGUAUCCACGUUUAUCGGCGAGGGCCGAGCAGAUGCAGCAAAAACAACAGCCAAAGUAUCCGGAUGUGUCGCACUUGUCGUCGGUACUUUGAUCUUUAUUUUGCUUAUGAGCUUACGUAAUGUCAUACCUCCGUUGAUGACAAACAGCCCUGAUGUCAUUGCAUUGACGAGUGCUUCUAUGCCGUUCUUUGGGCUGGUGCAAAUUUGUGACUCCUUGGCUGGUUCGUGCAACGGUAUACUACGAGGUAUUGGUAAACAGAAAGUUGGGGGAUGGGCUGCCUUGGUCUCAUACUAUGCUGUCGGAAUUCCAAUAUCGCUCGCCUGUGGAUUUGGAUUACAUUGGAACCUUCCUGGGUUGGCAUUGGGAGUGGGAGUUGGCUUAGGGUUGGUAGCCCUAAUUGAAGUAUGCUACAUGAGCAGAACACAAUGGGAGGAUAUGAUAGAGAAGUCGGAUGAUGGCUUCCUGGGACAACCUUGA